GUAAGAGGGGGAAAAAGAGCGAGAGAGCGUUGCAGAGUUUUUGUCUUUCUGGCUGUGUUGCACCGUGCAGUCAGCCCUGGGUGCUCCUACUGUCAGCCCAAGAUUGAUGGAUAGGACUGUGAAUCGCACAAAACAUCAAUUCUGUCCUGCUUUCUCUUUCCUUCUGAGCUUCACGUCCUCAUCACUCCUCCCUUUCUUCCCUUCUUUCUCUCUUCCUCUCUCUCUCCCCUACUGCUCCGGGUCCCUCGCCGGUUCCUCUCUUCCUCACUAGUUUCCACAAGGCGUCUUUAAAGCCGACACAACACGCUGCGAGGCAGCAAGAAAUCAAGGCGACCGGAUUGCUAUUUUUCUGACAGCUUUUCUGUCAGACAGGGUGCGUGUGAGCCGGGGAACUGGACUGGACUGUGGUUUUCCGUGGGAGAGGAGGUGGAGGGAGAGCAGGGAGGAGAAGUGAGGGGCAGGUUGGACAGAUGGAGGACGGCGGUACGCAGCACCUGGGAUGCUGCAUGGUUGACAUGAAAGAGCUGAGCGCCAACCCUGAAGGACUGCGUGCUGCAGGUGGGACUAUAACUCCGAAGCUGCGGCAGUUGGAGUUUAGCAUCGCCUGUAAUGAUCUGGCGGCCUCGGGCAGAGACAGGAAGCCCAAUGCUUUGGUCCAGGUGGCUGUCAUAGAUCCCCAGAGGCAGCAGCUCGUCUUCCAUGCCUGUACAGAGAUAGUUGAGGCAAACAAAGACCCGCUCUUUCUGACUGGGGUGACCUUCCCUUCAGAGUAUCCUGACAGCCAAGACUCGCUUGUCAAACUUACUGUGUAUGAUGCAAAACACAAGAGCCAAGAAUCAAGUUCCUUUCUGGGCAGCGCUACCUUUUCCAUUGGGGAUCUGCUGAGGGCUAAAGAUGGACGACUGACUUUGAGCCUGAGGUCCUCAGAUGGUGUCUGUACAGCCGGAACAGUGGUAGUGAGUCAUCUGAAGAUGGGGGAGAUGGAGGAGGCUGACCACAUCGCCACUGACACAUCGUCACAGAAGUGUCCUUUGGCUUGUGAGCCCACUGACCAUUCCUGCAUCGACAGAGAAAAUUUCGCGCUAACUGGGCCAGUUUUCAGAAACCCGGUAUGCAAGGUGUACAGGUUUCAAACAGUGGACAGCAAGUGGAUGCUGGUGCGGGAACAAAUGGAGGAGUGCACUCUGUCGUUCACAAUCCCCAAACAGCUGCUCUCGCUCUACAUUGAGGAGGACCAUAGAAGGUUGCAGGACCUUGAGGAGUUGGGGGAGCUUUCUCCUCACUGGGACAACCUGAGGAAGGAGAUUGUUACACGAUAUGGAGGAAUCAUCAGCUCUUACCAGGAGACUUUGGCUGAACUGGAGAAGGUUACUGUUUCAUUCAAGCCAAGCUGCUGCAAAGCCCAGAAGUCUCUGGAAUUCAUCCCGAUAAACUUGCACACGCAGAGGAUGAGAGUGACAUGUCCUCAAAAAACAGAUGCUUUGUAUGACAUUAUCACUGUUGGUGCUCCGGCAGCCCACUUCCAGGGCUUUAAGUGUGGAGGCCUUCAGCGACUCCUGAGCAGAUAUGAAGCAGACAAGAAGAGCUUUAGCACUGCCUACCAGUGUAUCUACUACUCCCCACAGCACACAGCCAAAGCUCAGGAGGUACUCAGCACUGUGAGUCUCCUCCAGCCCCUCAUCACAAGCUUGGCUGACCAGCUCCUCCAGGCUGCCCUUGAACACUCCUCCCCUGGACUCAAGGAUGCACUCAAGAGGCUCUCUGACAAGACGGAGCAAUUUGUUCACACACUUAAGGACGAAUUGGUAAAGAGUGCCCUCCUAGCACUACAUGCAGCCCGGCCCGGGUACGUCUCCAAGAGCCAGAAACAAACUCCAGUGCUGUGUCACCAGCAAGGCCACGGUGGGGACCAAAAUCACAGUCCAGUCCAAGGACUUCCGGGCCACAGUCCAACCACACCUGUCACAGAAAGCCCAGUGGUGUGUAAUAACGUGAAAGGAGUAGGAGAUGCUGGGUCGCUGAAACACCAAGACUCCAUACCACACCAUAAAGAGUACGAUGAGGAGGAAUGGGACAGGGUGUGGGCCAACGUGGCCAAAUGUCUCAACUGUGUGAUCGCCAUGGUGGAUAAACUCCUAGAAGAUGACAACAGCAAGCAAGAGCCGGCCCCUGAGCAACAGCUGGCUGAUGUCAUCACCUCACACAACCCAGGUGAAUGGCGAGAGCAGCUGACUCCACUGGUGACCAGAUUAAAGGAGUGUGUGUUGGAGGUGGUGGAGAAAGCAAAGAGAGCAAUGACCUUUGUCCUCCUGCAGGAGGCAGCAUGCAGCAUACCUCAAGGCUUCAACCUGCAGCAGAGGAGAGACAUAGUCUUCAGUCAGGCACUGGCAGCAUUGGCAUGUGGCUUUGUGAUGAGGUUAUACGCAGGCUUGCAGGACAAAGACUUCCUGAGGCAGCUCCACCUUGUUGGCCUGGUGGCUCAGUUUGAGAGCUUACUGAGUACUUACAGUGAAGAGAUCGGGAUGCUUGAGGACAUGGAGGUUGGAAUCUCUGACCUGCAGAAAGUCAUGUUCAAGAUUACAGAGGCCAAAACAGAUGACCUCAGGGAGCUGCAACCUUCAGUUUGUGGCCGCCGAGACCACUAUACUGUCGAAGUGCCAUUACCACAAGUGAUUUUUCAGACCUUGCCAGAGGAGAUCAAGGAGGGCAAGCCUCUGCGAGUAUUCCCUUUGCUGUUUAACGUGGGCAUCAAUGAGCAACAAACUAUAGCUGAGAGGUUCGGAGACAUCUCUCUACAAGAAAGAAUAAACCAGAAGAACUUUGAGAUUUUAGAAGCCUAUUAUAAAACAGUAAGCGAAAAGGUCCCGCUAGAAUGUCUACCAUGUUUUCAGACACAAACUGACAUAAAGGAAUUACUUGAAAUGCUGGGACAUAACGUUGUCACAAAGAAGAGGAAGAAUGUGGAAAUAUUGUGGGUUGCUGGAACUAUUUGCCGAAGAUUGAACGGAAUCCGGUUUACCAGCUGUAAAAGUGCCAAAGACCGAACAUCCAUGUCUGUCACGUUAGAGCAGUGCGCCCUCCUGAGGGAUGAACAUCAGCUCAGCAAGGACUUCUUCGUCCGAGCUCUGGACUGCAUGAGAAGAGAAGGAUGUCGGAUUGAGAACGUUCAAAAGAAUAUUAGAUGCAGGAAAUACGCCUUCAACAAGUUGCAGCUGAUGGCCUUCCCCAAAUGCUACCGACCUCCAGACGGGACUUACGGCAAAGUUGACUCUUAAGGACCCGUGGUGUGCAAUGUGUAAAUAAAUUCUCAUUUUGUGAUAUUCAGGAAAUAAAUAUGAAUCCUUACAAAAAGGACUGAAUAUGCAAACACUUUUACUGUUAAACUUGUAUUUAAAUAAGAAGGGAAUAAUUAUUGACCUCCAGAAAGGAAUCUGGAUUUGUCAAACAUGUUACUUUGUUACUUUGAAAGCAAAUGCACUUUUAUGCUUAUUCUUUUCAUGGCGCUGGUAGUAAUACACAGCACUGCGCGCGUGUGUGUGUAAAUGAAAGUUAUUUUGUAUACCAUUCACUGUUCUGAUGCUCAAUCAUGGCUAUGUUUUCUCAACAACAAUGCAACAAUGACUGAAUGUUUUUUUAGUUGUCUUUGCUGUGUAAACACAACAAAAAGCGCCUCAUUUCAAACAAAAAGCUGGCCAUGUUUUAUAAUAGUGUCAUAUACACAUAAACAUAUAUAUAUAUAAUAUAUUGUGCUAUUUUUAUAAUCUGGACAUGUCGCCUUAAGUUUGAAGCAUGUUUGGCUCUUUUAUCUGUUUUUUAUAUUAUAGAUGGAUCAUAAUUCAUGCCACAUGUAUAUCUAUAUCUAUAUAUCUAUUUAAAAUUGCUUAUUUUUUAUAAAGGGGACUGUUGACUAUACGUGUUAUAACUGGUUUACUGUUGGUCAUUUUUACAAAUACAAAUUAAUAUUAUUAACUUAGAAUAAUACAAAACAAGGUAAUAAGAAUUUAGCUUUCUAAUAAAAAAAAUGCUGCCAUCAAAGAAAA